GAUUAGUCAGGCCUCAGAAAGAUGGCGUCCUCGGAACAGGCUGAGCAGCAGAACCAGCCAAGCUCUGCUCCAGGAAGUGACAAUGUGGUGCCUCGAGAGCCGCUGAUUGCCACAGCAGUGAAGUUUCUCCAGAAUUCCCGGGUCCGCCAGAGCCCGCUUGCAACCAGGAGAGCAUUCCUUAAGAAGAAAGGGCUGACAGAUGAAGAGAUCGAUCUGGCUUUCCAGCAGUCGGGCACGGCUGCCGAGGAACCUCCGUCCUUGGGCCCGGCCACGCAGGCGGUUCCUGUGCAGCCCCCUCACCUCAUUUCUCAGCCGCACAGCCCCGUGGGCUCCCGAUGGAGAGAGUACGGUGCCUUGGCGAUCAUCAUGACGGGAAUUGCCUUCGGCUUCCACCAGCUCUAUAAGAAAUACCUGCUCCCCCUCAUCAUGGGCGGUCGAGAGGACAGGAAGCAACUGGAGAGAAUGGAGGCGAGUCUCUCCGAGCUGAGUGGCAGCGUGGCACAGACAGUGACGCAGUUACAGAUGACUUUAGCCUCUGUCCAGGAGCUGCUGAUUCAGCAGCAGCAGAAAGUCCAGGAGCUCGCCCAUGAACUGGCCACAGCCAAGGCCACCACUUCUACCAACUGGAUCCUGGAGUCCCAGAACAUCAAUGAACUCAAGUCGGAAAUUAACUCCUUGAAAGGGCUGCUUUUAAAUCGGAGGCAAUUCCCACCGUCCCCGUCGGCCCCGAAGAUCCCCUCCUGGCAGAUCCCAGUCAAGUCACCGUCGCCCUCCAGCCCAGCCGCCGUGAACCACCACAGCAGCAGCGACAUCUCGCCCGUCAGCAACGAGUCCACGUCGUCCUCGCCCGUGAAGGAGGGCCACAGCCCCGAAGGCUCCAGCACAGCCUACCACCUACUGGGCCCCCAGGAGGAGGGCGAGGGGGUGGUGGACGUCAAGGGCCAGGUGAGGAUGGAGGUGCAGGGCGAGGAGGAGAAGAGGGAGGACGAGGAGGACGAGGAGGACGAGGACGUGAGCCACGUGGAUGAGGAGGACUGCCUGGGGGUGCAGCGGGAGGACCGCCGGGGCGGGGACGGGCAGAUCAACGAGCAGGUGGAGAAACUGCGGCGGCCCGAGGGUGCCAGCAACGAGAACGAGCGGGACUAGGCCGCCGUGGGUCGCCGUCCGGCACCUGGGACGUGGCCGGCCCGUCCUCCUCUGGCUGGCGGGGGGAGGGCGGCCGUGGGCAGGUGGAGGCGGAGCUGUCGGGCCCUGCUGGUCCCUGCUCCGCGCCCCUGCCCUCCGCCCGCACGCGGGCUCGCAUUCUGUCCACCCGCCUCCUCUUGCCUGAGCGCCAGCCCCGGCUCCUGCGCCCCCAUCACUUCUCCGCUCAGCCACACACGGGCCCUUGACCUCGUUCCACGCCAGGCCGAGGGUGCCCAAGUCGUGGUGUCGCGUGCCAUCAGCCCCGUCUGCAGGCGGGCGUUCCGUUCAGGGUGUGUCUGCUGAGCAUCUUGGCUAACUUACCACCGUGCAUGGCAAGAGGUAGCUUAAUCACCUGACUCCUGACCCUCAGCGAGGACGUGCCACGGCGACCUGGUGUCUGCUGUCCCGUCCCUCCCGCCCCUCCACGCUCCUCUCAGCAGGGACCAACGGGCCGCAGGGCCGUCUUGUUCUGUUUCCAGAAGCCACAUACUGAACUCCUCUCUCAGCGAAGGCCCCCAGGUCCUGCCCGCCUGCCGGCCUCGUGUGCCCACCCAGCCCUCGUGUGCCCUGCUCCCUCCUGGCCCCACACGCUCUCACCACACUGCGCGUCCUCGCUUGCCAUCAGGGCUCGGCCCCCCAGGGGGACACGGUACUCCCUCCCACGCGGGAGCCAGGAGCAGGGCCUCCCGUCUGCCCUCCCCUCCCAGAAACACAAGUUCAUCUGUGUGAUCAGGCGUAGGUUCCAGAGUAUGAGAUGCGACUGUAUAUAAUUGUAAUAAAUAUGAGUUGCCACUAUUUAAUUCCUGCCUGUGGCUCCCUGUCUGCUCAGGGCCUGUACCCUGAGGUGGGCCUAGGCCAGGACCGUGCCAGG